UGACCCUAGUCAUGAGAUGUCCUGUGGCAGAUCCUUGAAUCCAAGUAUUAGAAAGUUUGCCCUGGAAUAACAUUGUUUUAGAUCUUGUAUCAAAAAGUUUAUAAUACUGAUAAUGCACCUUCAAUAAUAUGUGUCUUUCAACAGUAGUAAAGUUAUAAAGGAAUCUCUGUUGCAACUUUACUCUCAAAUUUGAUAGAUUCAGUUUAAUCAACAUGAGCUUUGAUGGGCAUAGCUGUCGUUUUGCAUGCUUUCCAUAGGUCAUCUAGUAUAAUUAUACAGACUAUCAUUGUGCUGAAAUGAUGUAUUUUUCCACUGGCAGAUGGUUAUUCCUACAGUAUCAUGAUUUCAGCAUUCUGCAGAGGCGGGCUUUUGGAAGAAGCAAAGCAGUUGGCCAAGGAUUUUAAAGCAAGAUAUGACACAUACAACUUGGUGAUGUUUAACACUAUGCUAUGUGCUUACUGCAGAGCAGGCGAUAUGGAGAGCGUAAUGGAAAUGUUAAAGAAAAUGGAUGAAUUAGCUAUCAGUCCUAAUUAUACCUUUCAUAUCCUAAUAAAAUAUUUCUGUAAGGAGAAGUUGUAUUUGCUUGCUUACCGAAUGACAGUGGAUAUGCACAAUAAAGGCCAUCAAUUAGAUGAGGAACUCUGUUCCUCCCUAAUAUUUUAUCUUGGUAAGAUGAAGGCACACGCAGAUGCUUUUUCUGUCUACAAUAUGUUGAGAUAUGGCAAAAGCACCAUGUGCAAAGCUAUCCAUGAAAAGAUUCUCCACAUUUUAAUCGCUGGCCAGCUUUUGAAAGAUGCCUAUGUUGUAGUAAAGGGCAAUGGAGAGUUGAUUUCCACGCCUGCUAUGAAAAAGUUUGCAACUAUAUUUAUUAAGUCAGGAAACAUCAAUUCAAUAAAUGAUGUUUUGAAAGUGAUCCAUGGUUUCGACUGCAAGAUUGAUGAGGAAAUAUUUCGGAUGGCCAUAUCACGUUAUAUUAUGAAGCCAGAAAAGAAGGAUUUACUUAUUCAACAUCUGCAAUGGAUGUCCCCACAUGGUUAUACUGUUGAUUCAUCUACAAGAAACCUAAUCCUGAAGAACUCUCACUUAUUUGGUUGCCAACUUAUUGCUGAAAUACUGUCCAAGCAGCAUACUAUGUUAACAAAAGCAAUCUUUGAGUUGGUAACAAAAGCUGUCUUUGAGUUGGUAUCAACUGAAACAUAUAAGUGUAAAGAUUUAAUUACAAUGCUUUUCAUGUAG